GAAGUCUAAGGAGCUGACAAGAGUCAACACAAGAGUCAAAGAUUUAACUUAAAGCAGUGAAACCCUCCUAAGAUGAAGACAUUCAGUGUUGCAGUUGCAGUGGCCGUCGUGCUCACCUUUAUCUGUAUCCAGGAGAGCUCUGCUUUCCCUGUCACUGAAGUGCAGGAGCUGGAGGAGCCAAUGAGCAAUGACAGUCCAGUUACUGAACAUGAGGAGACAUCAGUGGACUCAUGGAAGAUGCCGUACAACAACAGACAGAAGCGUGGUGCUGACUGUGUACGUUGCUGCGACUGUUGCGGCUUCAGCGGGUGCGGAGAGUGCUGCAGAUUCUGAGGAAUUCUGCUGCAACAAACACUAAAUAAUACUUUGUUCUGAUUUUUGUCUUGAAGCAAUUGUAGUUAUGACAUGUAAAUGUGGAGGAUGUUUCUGAUUUGAUCUUGC